AUGUCCCUCGACACGGUGCUUACUAUCAGCCUUCCUUUCGUCGUGAGCGUCGUGGUGAGCACGGCAGCGAUCGCCUUGAUCUUCAAGCUCGCGUCCGGCUUCUUCACGUCCCUGACGUCCCUGUUCGAGCGGAAGAAACGCAAGCAACCGAACGAGGGCAUGGAUUUCGAAACCGGGAGCGCUAUUAUCUCCCCAGCGCCGUAUGGGUACCAUAGCACGUGGACGACGCCGCAGUCCAAAGCCUUUUCACCGUCCUUCAGUGGGAACACGUAUACACUCAAAGUGACGACACCGUCAGGUCUGUGUAUCUUGGAGAGACCCCCACGAUCCCCACGAGUCAUGACAAGUUUAGUGUCCCCCAUCACGACUGGAUGCAGUCCACCGAAACGAAAACUCGAAGCAACUGACAAGCCGAGCCCGAGGCAGCAGUGGUGGUCGCCGGGACAAGUCGUUUAA